CUUAUGUCUGUGUUCCUGUAUAAGUGAGAGGUCUUCCGGUACAUGAGGAGAGAAGACAAACCUACAAAUACGCAGAUUAAUUUAUUUACCAACUAGUUAAGAGUACAGCUGAAACGAACCUCAUCUAAUUCAAGUGCUUUUUCCAGUGAUUUGACAUGGCCGAGCAACGCAGCCCGGUAUCCGCGUCUGUACCCCACAGUCCGAUGGUGUUGCCCACCCCGGAGGGCUCGACCCUUGAGAUGGACCCGGUGGAGUACACCCUCCGCAAGCGUCUGCCCCGCAAACUGCCCAAACGACGGAACGACGUCUACGUCAACAUGAAAACAGACUUCAAGGCCCAGCUGGCGAGGUGUCAGAAACUUCUGGACGCUAACAGGGAAAUCUGCAUCCAUGGUCUGGGACUGGCUAUCAACCGGGCCAUUAACAUUGCCCUGCAGCUCCAGACGUCCAGCCAGGGUGCGCUGCAGCUGGCAGCCAACACAUCCACCGUGGAGCUCAUAGAUGAUCUGGAGCCCGAGGAUCCGGACGAGGCGGGAGAGCCGCUUACACGCACCCGUAAUAACUCCGCAAUCCACAUCAAGGUGUUUUAUCCCAACCCAUAGAGCCAUUAUCAGUAUUAGCAUAAUAAAUGACAACUUCAAAGACUUCAUAAACAUUCAUGUAAAGUUCGUGGUGUGUAUGAGUUGUUUAAAGGCGAUGCCCGUUUUAUUUUGUAUGACUUCUGUUCUGGUUCAGCCUGAAGCUAAAACUCUGAAGUCUUGCACUGGCUUUGCUUAUUUAUUAAUUAAUUGCUGUGGUGUUCUUGAAUGUUUUGCAUUUGAAAAACAAGAAGUAGAAAGGAAAUUUGCCAUGUAUGUUUUUCCAUGUUCAGAAACCGAAAUCUGUAAUUGUUUUCUUGUGUACAGUAAACUCAUAACCAAAAGAUCAUGCAGCAGUUGUGAAUUAAAGCUCAGUUUAAUGGAGAGUUAAAAUACAUUGUUAGACCUACCUGCUGUUUUUUCCUCUUCUUGUAUUUAUAGUUACAGCAUAUGUUAAGGAUAAUUACAUUUAUGUAUGUUAUUUCAUAGUAAUAAUAAUAGUAAAUGCUUUAAUAAACAUUAUAUGAUUAUAAAUAACAAUAAUAUAAUUUAAAAAUAAAAAAUAAUACCUCAAAUAAAUACUAGGAUAAUAAUGACAGAUUGACAAGGGUCUGCUUUCACCUGCUAAACUGCAUAUCGCUAAUCUCAAGUCUGUGGCUAUAACAUGGGGCACAAAUGUCAUCAUAAUUGCAAUUUAUAUUACUUAAUGUGUGGUAAAUGGAGAUGGCAUGUUAGCAAGGUUGGGAUGUACAACUAAGCAUAAUUAUUACUCAAAGAUGAUCUUGGUUUGCCAGAGGGUUUAUGUCUGAUGGCUGAUCAGUCAUAGAUCAGAUCUUUUUUCAAUAAGUAAACUGGAUCAAAAUGUUUGUCUAGCCGUUUAUGACCAAACUAAAAGAACAGACAUAUUGGUGGCAAGUAUGGUGAAAAGGAAUGACACAAAAGAUUGUUAAAAAAUAUUUAGUGGUGUGACUAAAUUCCUUCAGUGGAAACGUGACAAAAAUGCAGUACUUAUUUUAUAAUCCAGUUCAUUCUUGGGCAUACUGUAUGCGUAGUUCAAAAAAAAAAUACUUGUUUUCAAAUCUAAUUCUUCAAAAAUUCACAUUGGAAACACAUGUAUUUACAGAAUUGCGAGCAGUGUAUUGACAUUCUCAGCAGAGAUGCUUCAUAAGACAAAAAUAAAAACUUCCUGUCUCCUUGUU